UGUUGGUUGAUCGGAGGGCGCAGUUGGCAAAGACUCUCAGUGCGCGCGGCGAGAGCGAGAAAGCCAAAAAAACAAUCGGCAGAUCACCUCCCCAGCACCGGCCGCAUUGGCCGUGUUGUUGUUGUUGCACGACCUGUAGGUACAGCCUCCAUCAUGAGCGAGGCGAGUCGGAGGGAGUGAAGGCACGGGGAGGGAGAGACGGGGGAGUCUGUCCAGCCGUGGCGAUGAAGUCGUAACGAGAGCGAGAGAGGCGGCGACACAGCCGGGCCACCUUGUGGAUUGCGCCGACGCGAACCCGCUCCUGAGAGGAUGCACUGCCCUGGGCUGCGCGGUAUACAGUGAUACACGGCGACGGUGACGCGAGUCACGGGUCAGGGCGAGGGAGGUGCAGCAUUGACGCAAAGGGGAGUCCCGAGGGAGGGCUGCCGCGCCGUCCAAGCGGGAGAGAGAGAAGGAGGGCCAGGAGGUGGCCGUGCUGGGGAGUUCUCUGACCGCUGCCGCACCAUGACCGGCUCGUGACCGAAACCUUGGCUUAGCUCUCCGCCGCGUAGACAUCAAACAUGGAGCGCAGCAACGACGUGGACCUGUCGCAGCUCCACAUCUCCCCCAAGUGGAACUCCCCGCACGGCCGCCACCGCUCGCAGUCCCUGCUCUCCUCCUCCUCCGCCGGCGCCGGCGCCUGCGGCGGCAGCGUCGUCAGCAGCAGCAGCGGCAGCGAGUCGCCCACGUCGCCCGGCACCCCCGUGGAGACGGAACCCGCCGGCGCCGCGUCCCUCGCGCGCUCCCCCUCGCACGCGACCCCCCGACCGCCGGCCUCGGGCUGCUCCCCGCUCGCCGGUGCCGCGCCGGCGCUCAACGGCGCCUCCGCCGCGCGGCCGACCUCCGGCCUGCGCGGCGGCCCUCUCGAGUUCGACGUCGACUCGGUGGUGCUCAGCACCGACAGCGCCGCGGCGCGGAAGCUGGGCACCGCGCAGGUCAUCCCCAAGGGGCUGGCGGCCGGGAAGCCCGCCGGGGCCAACGCGUCGGCGCGCCGGGGCCUGAGCCACCACCGGAGCCUGCAGGCGGUCGACCGGCGCGAGCGCCGGACGCGCAGCCUCCUCUUCUUGGAAGCGGCGCCGGCGUCGGACGACGAGGGCGCCGCCUCGGCGGGAGACGCCGAAGCGGCGCCGGUGGACGAGCCGGGCUGGCGCCGCCCGAACGGCGGCGGCGGCGGUGCCGUCGGCGUCAGCGACGUGGGGGGCCUCCAGCGGGGCCUUCGCUCCACGUCGUACCGCCGCGCCGUCUCGUCGGCCUCCGCGGGCGGGAAGGCCUCGGCCGAGGGCAAGGCUGGGUGGCUCAAGCCGCUGGGAGAGGACGCAGGCCGCUCGCCCGCCAAGGCAAGCGACUCGAAGAAACCUUUGCUGAAGAAGUCACACACGUUUGAGGAGAGCGCGGACACGGUGCUGUACCAGCAGUUCCGCGAGCGAGGGCUCGACGGUGGCGCUGCGGACGAGGACGGCGCCCCCCCCCCGGGGUCCCCCGAGCGGGGGGGGGGCCCGUCGCCGAUGGCGGGGGGCUCGUCCUGCCCGCUGCCGGCCGUUGACGCCGUUGACUCGGACCCCAGCAUCGUGCCCACGUACAGAGCCCAGCGGGUGAUGUGGAGUCAGCUGCCCGAGGUCAGGGACUCGGGCGUCCUGGAGAGGCUCUCCUCGGAGGAAAGGAAGAGGCAGGAGGCGAUGUUCGAGAUCAUCACGUCAGAGCACUCGUACCUGCACAGCCUGGAAGUGCUGAUCCGCGUGUUCCUGGAGUCGGCCGACCUCCGCAUCACGAUGAGCAAGACGGAGCAGCACCACCUCUUCUCUAACAUCACCGACGUGCGCGACGCCAGCCGCCGGUUCUUCACGGACCUGGAGGCGAGGCACCAGGAGAACGUGCUCGUCCACAGCGUGAGUGACAUCGUCGAGCGGCAUGCCAAGAAGUUCGACGCCUACGUCAAGUACUGCACCAACGAGGUGUACCAGCAGCGCACGCUCGCCAGCCUGCUGGCCAAGAACACGACCUUCAAGGAGACCCUGGGCAGGCUGGAGGCCCAGCCGGACUGCGGAGGCCUCAGCAUGACCUCCUUCCUCAUCCUGCCCAUGCAGCGCGUCACGAGGCUGCCUCUCAUCAUGGACACGAUUUGCCAGAAGACCAACAAGUUCUCCAUCGAGAGCGAGCGGGUCAAGCGGGCACUCAAGGCCGUGAGCAAGCUCGUCAAGGAGUGUAACGACGGCGCCAGGAAGAUGGAGAGGACGGAGGAGAUGUUUACUCUCCAGAAGCAGCUCGAGUUCCGAAUCAAGCCGUUCCCGCUGGUGUCAGCGUCGCGCUGGCUGGUGAAGCGCGGAGAGCUCACGUCACUCGGAGGGGACGGGGGGCUGUUCACGCGUCGCAAGCACAGCCUCACGCUGCUGCUCUUCAACGACGUCCUCAUCGUGACGCGCAAGCGCGGAGAAGAGGCGUACCUGGUCACGGACUACGGCCUGGGCGAGCACCUCGUGGUGGACAGCGACGACGACGACCAGCCGGCCACUCAGCAGCAGCCGCAGGCCUCCGCACCGGGGGCCGCCGGGGAGAGCCCCUCCCCUUCGGGGGGGGCCCCCCCCGCCACCUCGAACCCCCGCAGCAGCCUGAUGCUGCUGCCGCGGCAGGGAUCGCUCGCCAACUUCUUCCAGGUGGCGAUCGCGAGGAACCACGCGGGCGAGCGCGUGGAGCUCAACCUCCUGGCCGACUCGCCGAGCGAGCGGGCGCGCUGGGUCUCGGCGCUGCGACGAUGGAAGAGAGAGAACGAGGACAGCGAACACUCCGAGUCGGCCGAGCGCAAAGACCUCACUCAGGUGGAGAUGAUCCGCACCUACAUGGCCGUGCAGCCGGACGAGCUGUCGCUGCAGAUGGCCGACGUCGUCCUCGUCUACAAGAAGACGGCCGACGGCUGGUACGAAGGCGAGCGUUUGCGUGACGGAGAGAGGGGAUGGUUCCCGGCGGCCUGCGCUCAGGAGAUCACGUGCCACGCGGCCAUCCAGAGGAACAUGCAGCGCAUGGGCCGCCUGCUGGGCCUGGAGACCAACGUCUAAAAGCCGUUGCAAGCAACCGCACGCAACCACACGCAACCGCACGCAACCACACGCAACCGCACGCAACCACACGCAACCACAUGCAACCACACGCAACCACACGCAAUCACACGCAACCACACGCAACCACACGCACAACCAAACGCAAUCACACGCAACCACACGCAACCGCGCACGCACGGGCACACAUUGGCCAACGCGCUCUCCGGAUUAUAACAAGACGCUCCCAGAGACACAUCUACUAGCGCACAAAGCGAGGGAACCCCAUACAGAAUGGAGAUUGUGCACAGACGGGCGUUCUUCAUUGCAAGGCCCCGUGGGCCACUGUGGACCCCUGGUGGCAUUUAGUGCGGCCUCCGGCAAUACAUGAAUGGUGAAAACACAACCCCAUCACCAUCGUCAUCGCCAUCGUGGUGCUGCUGUCAGAAGCCCCCCAAUGGUUUCAAAUGGUGUGGCGGCCCUCACACCGACGAUGUCUUAUCGGCAAAAGUGCCCCACCACCCCCCCGCCAUGAAAAUCACUGCUGGAUAGCAACAACACCCACCCAGCGACUGUAAACAACACUCGGCAGGACCCUUCUGACAGCGAGUCCCAAGACUCGGUGAGGCUUUCCUGGGUAAACGAACAGAAUAGUCAUAGCAUAGGCAAGAGGACGAAACACACGCGUGCCGGAUGAUAAGAUGCAUCAUCCUCACGCUGUAAGAAUACAGGGGGCGGGUGGUGGGAGGGGCGAAGAGUUGCGUUUUAUGAUCCGGAGAAUGCCGCAACCGACUUAAUCAACAAUCGCAAACCAAAAAUGCAGAUGCGCACACGCCAAGCAACAUGCACUCGCGCGGACAGCGACAGGGCGACGUGAACAGAGAAAAAAAAGCCAAAGCGGACGUUGACGAUACAGGGUGCUUCAAAAAAAUGUUAACGCUUAUAUGGGACUGUCGUUUUUAAUGGGAAAAGAACGGAUAAUACACUGUUACGUGAUAAGAAAUGUGUGUCAAUAGCUUCAAAAAGUCGCCAUCGUUGUCAACGCACGCCUGGAAUAUUCUCCAGGUGGUCUCCAGAGCCCAGAGGGCACAUUUCUUGUGGUGUUGUUGCAAAUUCUCAAGUGUUAAAAACACGUUUUUGAAGCACCCUGUUUAUAAUCUAUGAAAUAAAAAAAAUCACAAAUAGCACUUGAAAGGAGGGUAUAGCGAUGCAAGGUGGUCGUGCGAGAGACAUUUGAUUUUGAUACGGAACGCGCCGGUGGCCAAUCGGGCACCACCCUCACGAAGGCGCCUUCGACCUCCGGGGAUGGAGAGGGCCUGGAGGUGCGGCAGGGUCAAUUGGGUCACGGCGGAUGCGUAGCGGUCGGAUACGCGACGUUGCCCAGAACUUACUGCCUGCACUCUGGGACCUACCCAGCGUGCCGUUCGUCGCUGCCGUAGUUCAACUCUCGUGCUCCGAGGUCCAUACCUCUCCUCCCUCCCUCCCUCCCUCUCUCGUUUCUUUGCAACGCGAUGCAAUUUAAGGGAAACGGCCUUUUGCAACAAACAAAAAAGUGCUCUUUUAAAAUGUCCGUGACGGGAGUCGUCGGGGAAGCGUUUCGAGUUCGGAUUUUUAAGACGGCCGCAUGGCGCCCAAAAUCAAUUGUACAUUCAUAUAAUGUAUAUUUUAAUAAAUGUCACAUGUAUACCCA